GAGGGGAGGGGCUUUUGUGUUGUGACAGCCAACUGUCACCUGGCUGGCUGGUGGAGCGCGACGUUUCGGUGGAAAAUAAAAAAAAAUCCCACCAAAUCAAAAUAAGCGAACAGCCGGCGGAGAGCGCUAGCGAUAACGUGCGCAGUAAGUUGUUGUUGAUGUUGAUUGAAUAACCAGGAGGACCACAGAAGGAUGAGCGAAAAACCGAAAGAACCCGCGCCCGGAGACGGCAUCCGCUCUAUGCGCUCGACCAACGUUUUCCGGGCCAUCAACUUUGAACUGUACGCAAAGCCCAAUGUCGUCGUAAUGGGAAUAGGCGUUGUUUGUCUCGGCAUCACCUUCGGUUACAUCGCCUACAUGCGAUCCAAGUACGAAGGUUUAGGCUACUACACGGCAGUGCAGGAAGACGGGAAGGAAGUGUUCGUAAAGCGGAAAUCGAAAUGGGAAUAAACCACUGGCGGUUCGGUUUUCUUGCAAA